CACCAUCACACACACGACAACCCCUCCCUUCAAACAUAUGGGCGAUAGUGAUAUCAAGCUACAUAUUUGGCCUAGAAGUUGGAAUCUACCUUCAUGGGAUCCCGCGUGUUUGACUGCAGUCAUGUUCUUGCAGUUGACCAUCCCCGACCGGUUCUCCGUCGUAGAAGACCUGAACCCCGAUGCGUCAGUUACCGGUAGGUCAACUCCCGUUUUUGCAGCAUAACGAUGAAAUCUUCUCGUCCCUACAUUCAAUGAUAAAAUACGUCCUCUCGCUCCCUGGUGUGAAGUCUACAUUUUCUCAACCGUCAGGUGCUGAAACGGCAUGGAUAACUCACGCCGAGUCUGCACUUGGUGAUCUGGUGGCCAAUAUGCUCUGGGCAUUGGAAGCCAAUUGGAGCGAGCUAACACACCCUACUUUGGCAAAAACAUUCCCUAUUCCCCAGCGCUACUAUUCUCCACAUAGGAUACGCGCCACCUACAAAGCUCGAUUGGAGGCAGCAGACCUUUGGUCCCUACCUGGUGUAGAACAGGAAGACGCAAAGAAGACAAAUUUCCGAAAUCUCAAGCCUCGGAAAAUCGAAGAUCCUGGACCCCAGCAUAUAUUUGCGAAAGUUUUUGAGCGGGAAAAGGUCUUAGAAAAAGCGCGCACCAUUCUCGAACUCUUCAAUCGCCUGCUUGGGAAUAAGGCGUAUUUUGGCGGUGAUAGCCCUACUCUACUCGACAUAACUGUUGCCGCGCAUUUGCUACUGUUAUUAGUCCCACCGUUCCCGGACCCGCUUCUCCAAGGUUUAAUCAACACGUCCUUCCCUUCGUUAGUUAUUCACGCGGAUCGCAUGCGCAAAGAUGCUUUAAACAUGUCAAACCUCCGCAAGAGCAUGCGCACGUCCUCUUUCGAAGAUGUUUGGCUCCAACGUUUGCGGUUCGGAUUUUUUGGCGUCGCUUUGGGGGGUAUUGCUGCAUAUACCAUCUACUCCAAAUGA